AUGGAAGUCUCAAAUCACGCCAGAAAACGGAAAGCAAUCGACGCCGGAAACAACUCGCCGCCGUCAUUACCUCCGGCGUAUCAAAGCUCAGACGGAUACGAGCCUAACUCCGUAGAUCUUUCUCUCCUUGAAGCACUUGAGAAAUCUUCGCAAAAUCCAGUAGAGGCGGUUGAUGUUAAAACCCUAAAAAAGCUUGUCCUCUCCUUCGAGCGUCGUCUUAGAGACAACAUAGCUGCUCGGCUCAAGUAUGUGGAAAAUCCGGAGAAGUUCGCAGACUCUGAGGUUGAUCUACACGAUGAUUUGCAAAAGCUCAAGGUUCUCGCUGGUGCUCCGGAGCUUUACCCGGAGCUUGUUGCUUCCAAUACGGUUCCGUCGAUUGUGAAUCUCCUCUCUCAUGACAACGUCGAUAUCGCGAACGAUGUUGUUCAGCUUCUUCAGGAUCUGACUGAUGAAGAUGCAUUAGAGGAUAAUGACGAGCCUGCGCGUGUGUUAGUCGACGCGUUGGUUGAAAACAAUGUGCUCGAGCUCUUGGUUCAGAAUAUGAAUCGGUUAUCGGAGGCAGAUCCAGAUGAGGCCACGGCUAUAUAUGCAACCUUGACGGUGAUUGAGAAUUUGGUGGAAGUGAAACCUGCGGUUGCUGAAUUGGUUUGUGAACGGACGAAAUUAUUACGGUGGCUUCUGGUGAAGAUUAAGGUUAGGGAAUUCGAAGGAAUCAAGCAGUACGCGUCUGAGAUUCUGGCGAUUCUGCUGCAAAACAGCACGGCGAAUCAGAAACGGUUAGGGCAAAUGAAUGGUGUUGAUGCUGUGCUUGAAGGUGUGGCGAUGUAUAAGUCGAAGGAUCCUAAAAGUCCUGACGAAGAAGAGAUGUUAGAGAAUCUGUUUGAUUGUCUGUGUUGUCUCUUGAUGCCAUUGGAGAACAAGGAGAGGUUUGUGAAUGCGGAAGGAGUUGAGCUGAUGAUUAUUAUCAUGAAGCAGAAGAAAUAUGCUUACGGAUCUGCAAUUCGGGCUCUUGACUUCGCCAUGACCAAUUAUCCUCCUGCUUGCGAGAGGUUUGUUGAUGUUAUGGGACUGAAAACAGCAUUUGCUGCUUUCAUGGGUAAGGCAAGUUUCUCAUUCCCAGUUUCUUUGUCUCUAAUGAUUCCACUAAACAAGAGGAUCAAAAGGGAAAGGUAUAAGGAGGAGCUAGAGGAGCGGGUUAUUUCGCUGAUUGCGUCAUUAUUUGCUGGGAUUUUAAGGGGAUCUAGAAGAGACCGUUUGCUAAGCAAGUUUGUUGAGAGUGAAUACGAGAAGAUUGACCGUCUUAUGGAACUAUACAUGAGAUACUCUGAUAGGGUUAGAUCAGAGGCUGAGAGGUUAGACCAACUUGAGCUUGAUGACCUUGAGUUGGAUGAAGAUGAAAAAUAUAAUCGGAAGCUAGAAUCAGGCCUCUACAGUCUUCAGCUUAUUGCUGUCAUUCUGGGCCAUAUUUGGUGUUCCGAGCAUUCUGGAAUGAGAGCACGUAUCGAGCUGCUGUUGAAGCAACAGAAGCUUAGUAAAAACGACGUCAAGGAGAUACUUCAGGAAUAUCAUGACAACAUAGGAGAUCUUGAAGGACCGGAGGAGAAGGAACGAGGACAAGCAAGAAUUCAGCUGUUCAUAUCGGCAAUGUGA